AGAGUUCAGAUCCCCCAGAAGGGGCCGUCUUUCCUGUUUGCAGACGCAUUUUUUUGCACAGACCGAGGUGGUAAUCGACAUUUGAUCUUCGUAUCCUUUAUAUCCGGGUGUGUUUUUUAGGGAUUAUCUCAGUCCCGCGUGGUUUAGCCGCGGAAAGAGUUGAUUUAACAACAACAAAAUCUGCAUUAUCUUCGCCGCGUUAUUUAGUUUUCGCCAGUGGAAGCAGCAGCAGCAGAAAUAUGGCUUCAACCUGUUCAGGAUGUGGUCCGGGAUAUAAAACCCCUCUGGAUGCAAUGAAAGGACCUCGAGAAGAGAUCGUCUACCUGCCAUGCAUUUACCGCAACACAGACAUCCAGAAACCUGACUACCUUGCAACUGUUGAUAUCAACCCACAAUCCCCCAACUUUUGCAAGGUGAUUCACAGGCUGCCCAUGCCCAAUCUGAAGGAUGAGUUGCACCACUCCGGCUGGAACGCCUGCAGCAGCUGUUUUGACGAUCCCUCCAAAAGGCGCAAUCGACUCAUUCUGCCGUCCCUCAUCUCCUCCAGAAUCUACGUCGUUGAUGUAGGAACGGAUCCUCGGGCCCCACGACUUCACAAGACAGUGGAGCCCACAGAUCUGUUCUGGAAAUGCGGUCUGGCAAACCCUCACACUUCUCAUUGCUUGGGCAGUGGCCAAAUCAUGAUCAGCACCAUGGGCGAUCCCUCUGGCAAUGGGAAGGGCGGUUUUGUGUUGCUGGAUGGCGAGACGUUUGAAGUUAUUGGUAACUGGGAGCAGCCAGGAGACGCGGCGCCGUUUGGUUAUGACUUUUGGUACCAGCCUCGCCACAACGUCAUGAUCAGCACUGAAUGGGGAGCGCCUAAAGCACUGGGAAAUGGCUUCAACCCUGCUGACGUCAAAGCUGGUCACUAUGGUCAGCGGCUCCACGUCUGGGACUGGACCACACACAAGCGCAUUCAGACUCUGGAUUUGGGGGAAGAGGGCGCUAUUCCUCUAGAGGUCCGCUUUCUGCAUGACCCGGCCGCGGCUGAGGGGUUUGUGGGCUGUGCACUUCAGAGCACCGUCUUCCGCUUCUAUAAGACUCCGAAGGGGGACUGGGCUGCGGAGAAAGUCAUCAAAGUUCCUAGUAAAAAAGUGGAAGGUUGGGCUCUUCCUGACAUGCCAGGUCUCAUUACGGACAUCCUAAUCUCGUUGGAUGAUCGCUUCCUCUACUUUAGUAACUGGCUUCAUGGAGACAUUCGACAGUAUGACAUCACUGACAGGAAGAAUCCACGAAUGGUUGGUCAGGUCUUCCUUGGGGGCAGCGUCUUGAAAGAUGGACCGGUGAAAGUGUUGGAGGACAAAGAACUGGACAGCCAACCAACACCACGUAUACUGAAGGGAAAGCGGGUGCAGGGAGGCCCUCAGAUGCUCCAGCUCAGCUUGGAUGGAAAGCGGCUGUACGUCACCACUUCUUUAUACAGCGCUUGGGACAAGCAGUUCUACCCCGACCUCAUCAAGGAGGGUUCGGUCAUGAUGCAGAUUGACGUGAACACGGAUACAGGAGGCCUAAAACUCAACGAGAAUUUCCUUGUGGAUUUCGGAGCGGAGCCAGAAGGUCCUGCACUCGCCCAUGAGCUCCGGUAUCCUGGCGGAGACUGUACUUCUGAUAUCUGGCUAUAAAGCUUGGAGCAAACCAUGUCGUUCCAAGUUGAAGAGUUAUUAUUCCUCAGAUACAUCGUCAUUAUUAUGAUCACGUUUAGUUUUUGUGUGGAGCAAAUCAUAUAACACAAACUAAUUUCCAUCAUCUUUGUGUAACAUCUAUUACUAUUAUCAAAAUGAAUACCAAACUAUUUGUAAAAUAAAUUUUUUGUAUUCCAGUGAA